AUGCCACAGGUCCUUUCCCGGUAUGAACCCUCCCAGCCCAUAAAAUGUCUAGUGAUCAAAGAUCUGACCUGGGAUUUAAAUAUUCACAUUAAGUAUCCUUCACAGGCCGGGACUCCACCCACCAUUGAGCAAUCUCAUCCACCGCUCACUUCCUCCACGGGCCUCUCACCAACGCCACCCUUGCAGUCGGGCACAUCUGCUCUUCGGAGGUGUCUUACAGGUGAAAAGCCCAGAACCAUGCCCAAAAUUGUGGAGCUCCUAAAUUUGAAGGAUCUUAUGGAAAAUUAUACCUGGGAAUACAAUUUCAGUGACAUCGCUGACAUGACCUUUGACCCAAACUCUUUCGUAUGUCAGCCAGAAAAUCUGGAUAUCAACAGGUUUGCUCUAAUAGCCGUCUAUGUCCUGGUCUUCUUGCUGAGCCUGCUGGGAAACUCCCUGGUGAUCCUGGUUGUCUUAUAUAGCAAGGUCAACCGCUCUGUCACGGACAUAUACCUGCUGAACCUGGCUAUCGCCGACCUGCUCUUCGCCCUGACAUUGCCUAUCUGGGCUGCCGCCAAGACCACGGGCUGGAUCUUCGGCACACCCCUGUGCAAGGUGGUCUCACUCCUGAAGGAAGUCAACUUCUACAGUGGAAUUCUACUACUGGCCUGCAUUAGCGUGGACCGCUACCUGGCCAUUGUUCAUGCCACACGCACUCUGACUCUGAAGCGGCACUGGGUCAAGUUCAUAUGCUUAGGCAUCUGGGCCCUAUCUCUGAUCCUGGCCCUGCCCAUCUUCAUCUUCCACGGGGUCAUCUACCCACCUUUUUCCGCCCCAGUCUGCUACCCGGACAUGGGUGUCAAUACAACCAAAUGGCGCCUGGUGAUGCGGGCCCUGCCCCAGACCAUUGGCUUCCUCCUGCCGCUGCUGAUCAUGCUGAUCUUCUACGGGCUCACCCUGCGCACACUGUUCCAGGCCCACAUGGGGCAGAAGCACCGGGCCAUGCGGGUCAUCUUUGCUGUCGUGCUCGUCUUCCUGCUCUGCUGGCUGCCCUUCAAUCUGGUCCUGCUGUCAGACACCCUGAUGAGGCUGGGGGUGAUCAAGGAGACCUGUGCUCGCCGAAAUGAAAUUGGCCGGGCCCUGGACGCCACCGAGAUUCUGGGCUUCCUCCACAGCUGCCUCAAUCCCCUCAUCUACGCCUUCAUUGGUCAGAAGUUUCGCCAUGGACUCCUCAAGAUCAUGGCCAUCCAUGGCAUGAUCAGCAAGGAGUACCUGGCCAAGGAGAGCAGGCCUUCCUUUGUUGGCUCUUCUUCAGGGAACACUUCUACUACCCUCUAA